GCGCUGAGUAGAGCGCCGGCGAGGGGUGUGGUUUCGAAGUACCUGUGACAGGUCAAGUUACCUGCUAUCUUCGAAACUCUUGUGCGUUAUACUGAUAGUGAUUACAUUCGCAAGACAAAGAGGACAAUCGAAUCAAAUAAUAUCCCGUGGUUGAUGCUUCAAAGGUGCGCAAAUUUCCUCCGAAUUUUGACUAAUGGAUUUGUCAUAUUUUUAGUCGCGCAAAAAGGGGAUUUCAAGUGUCAAGACCCCGUUGCGUGAAUCCAAACGAAGUACAAUCUUUUAGCGGUGACAGAGUGGAGUGGUGACGCAGUGGAGGCACCAAGGUGACAGGUGGGAGCCCGAGAUGCCACUCCCAGUCGAUCGUCAAGGAGACGAAUGUCCUUGCCACACAGGAAGUGGCCUCGCCACCCAAUCUGUAAACAGCCCUUUAGCAUCGGACCUGCUCCUAGAGACCACUGAGCCUCUUUUUUCCAACUCCCAGUUCCUGCCACUACAAGACAUUUGUGAGGAGUCCCAAGACUGUAUGCCACUGGGAACCUGCUUGACCCAAGAUGGAUGCUCAUCUCUAGAUGGUUGUAUUCAGUUGGAGAGGAAAUGGGUGCUGUGGCAUGAGUUCAUGAAGGAAUAUUACUCUCUAAAUGACUGGCUUCGAUUGGCUGAGCAAUCUGCUGACUCUCCCAGAACUGCCUUUGUGCCUUUUGUCACUGCCAAGGAGGAGCUCAAGAAGUUUGAGAACCUGAGGAGCCAGGCUGGGUCCAGGCUUGCGCAGCUGGAUAGUCUCACCCAGAGGAACAGGGCCCUGACCAGAAUGUUUGACGGGGCCAUGCGGUCCCGCCUGGCGAGCAUGACCAGGGACUGUGGUCAGCGCUGGGACCGCCUCAGUGGGACCAUGGAGUGUGUCUGCCGGAGACUCAGGCACUGUGUGUCCCAGCGGGAGGAGUUUGACAACCAGAGGGAAGAGAUGGCUGUGUGGCUGGCUGACAUGGACCUUCGGCUGACCGAGGUGGAACACUUCUCUGGAAGGGACACGUGUGACAAGAUGCGGGAGCUGCAGAGUUUCCAGGAAGCAGUGGGGGUCAACGCAGGGCGUCUGAACAGCCUCCUGGAGUGUGGUGAGGCGCUGAUCCAGAAGAGCGAGCCAUUGGAUGCCCAGGACAUCGAGGCGGGGCUGCAGGAAUUGCUCCUCUACUGUGCCCACGUGUUCGAGGGGGUGGGUCGUCUCCACACACGGCUGCUCAGCAUGAGACUGGUGUUUGAGGACGACUGGGUUCUGACGGCAGCCUCGGAUUCCGGCUGCCCUUCCGAGACCCUGUUAGAGGAGGACGGGGUGUUUGAGAAGAGCAGCGCCCCAGACCAGCGAAAUCCCCCGGGCACCUCUUCCACCCAGGACUACCUGGUGCUGGAGUGGGACCCCUCUGUUGAUAUUGGGGGCCCGGUUUCCCACGACGAUGCAGAUUCAUCAUAUUUCGGCGCCAACACAGACCGAGAGAAGCCAUUGGCCAGAGAUGGUGCGAAGAGGCGGAGCUUCCUCGGCUCCAUGGGCUCUCGGUCUGAUGAGACUCAAAAAGGAACAGUGAACCCAGAGGUCUUCUCACCCCUCACAAACCAGAGUGUCAGAUAUGGCGGACCCCUACUCACUGGCCACUGGACGGCCUCCAUACUCGACAGACCCUCCUCAGAGCCAGUGACCUUUGACCCAUCUCGCAUCAGCGCCUGGCUAGGACAAACACAUGGACACCCUUCUGUGUUACCCAGAACCCAGCAGCAGGUAGCCUGCUCCAAAGCUGUCCAGACUGACGGUGAUCAGCAGUGUGCUGUUUGCUCAGAGCGACGCCGACCUCUCAGGGACGUCCCCUUUCAGACACAAACGCGGGAACUAAGUGUCCCUCCCAGCACCCUACAGUCAUGUGACCUCCACCACCAGUCUGAUAGGAUGACUUGUAGACGUCAGGACCACCCACAGUCUCCAGAGGACCAGCUGUGCUACAAUGCCUCAUGGGAGGUGAAGUUCCAUAGCGACCAACGGCUGGAAGGCUUCCCCAGCCGACAAGCUCUGUGCAGGCCAUGGUCCUCAGGCACCUGGUGGACGGUGGAGACCCUGCGAGACCCAGUGUUCCUGGUCGCCCUCCUGGCUGUGGUUUUGGUUCUGCUGGUGUGGCCCGCCAUGCUCACUGAGCCAGAAUGCCGUCACGCCAACUCCCUGGCCCGCUCCUUCCACUUGGCCCUGCGCUAUGUCAAUGGGCCUCCACCGACCUGA